AUGAAUCAGACAGGUUCAAGAAAGUUACGAGCUAGAGAUCUCGCCAUUCCAUUUGAUGGUACACCUGGAAAAUAUAAUGCCAUAACAGAUGUCGAUGGGGUUCAAGUAGGAUUUAGUACAAUUAUCGAAGGCGAUUCUAUUCGUACAGGUGUUACAGCCAUAUUUCCGCGUGGUGCUAAUAAAUCUAGUAAUGAACAACAAUGUUUUGCAAAUUGGUUUAGUUUGAAUGGAAACGGUGAAAUGACUGGAAUACAUUUUUUGACAGAAUCGGGUUUUCUUGCAAGUCCAGUUCUAAUUACUAGUUCGAAUAGUGUUGGUAUCUGUUAUGAUUCUACUUCAAAGUGGAUUUUGCAAGAACAGGAAAUAUCGGUGGCCAAUAUUGGAAACUUUGGAUUACCUGUUGUAGCUGAAACAUGGGAUGGAUAUUUGAAUAAUUUUCGUGAAUUUCAUAUUAAAGAAGAACAUGUCUUCGAAGCAUUAAAUAAUGCGAAAGAAUCUGGAUCAUUUAUUCAAGAAGGUAAUGUAGGUGGUGGAACUGGUAUGGUUUCUUUCGGUUAUAAAGCUGGAACAGGAACGAGUUCAAGAAUAGUUAAUGGUCUUAAUUAUACUGUUGGAGUUUUAUUACAAGCUAAUUUUGGACGCAAACAUCAGCUCAUUAUUGCAGGUGUUCCAGUAGGACAAGAACUUCUCAACAUAGAAGCAAAUGCUAGUUCUAUGCCAGAUAAAGAUGUUGGCUCGAUUAUUGUCGUAAUAGCUACUGAUGCUCCACUAUUACCGCAUCAAUUGAAACGAUUAGCAAAGAGAGCUUCUCUUGGAAUAGGAAAAUUAGGAGGCAUUGGUGGUGAUUCAUCGGGUGACAUUUUCUUGGCAUUUUCAACAGCUAAUAUUUCGAACAAAAGUUCAACAAUAAAAGUUGCUGAAUUUCUAUCAAAUGAUCAAAUUAAUCCAUUGUUUGAUGCAACUAUUCAAUGUGUUGAAGAAGCCAUAAUAAAUUCUCUAAUAGCAGCUGAAACAAUGGUAGGAUUUGGAGGAGUACGAGUUGAUGCUAUUUCACAUGAUAAUGUCGUCAAAAUACUCAAAAAAUACAACAGACUUAAUGUUGGUACACAAUAA